AUGCGCGUCGGCGAAACCUCCGCGCUCUUGCGCGCGGGUGAUCACCGCGAUGACGUCGAGCGCGGCGAGCGCGCCGAGCGCGCCGAACGCGCCGGAACCACGCCGGCGCGAGACGAAGAAUCUUUAGUGUUGGGCUCGAGCGGGGCAACACUAAACUGGAAAAACACAAAGGUCGUCGCUCUGUGCGUCGGUCUCCUUGGUGCGACGCUCGCGGGGGCGUUGGCGGUGGCGACGAUGGAUGACACGACGUGGAUGCGGGACCGCAUGGGGUGGAAACCGACGCUGGGCGAUGAACACCCCGGACAAUGCGCGUUGAACCCGCGCGGGGCGGAGGGGACGUGCGCGCAGACGUUGAUGACGUCGAUGCAUUUGUGGGACGCCAAGGCGGCACCGCAGGUGCACGUACCGUACGAGGAGAAAUUGUAUGAGUGUAUGAGCACGCCGACGUCGACACCGACGAUCAUUCCGAGGAGAGGGUCGCACAAAUUGUGGAACACGAAGAACGGGACGGCGUACGCGUGGAUGUUCGUGCACGUUCCCAAAGCCGCCGGGUCGUACUUCAUCGAGAUGUUGAAGAGGAAUAAGAAUCAUGAGAACGUCGAACUCGGGCCGCCGGCGACGCGGAACUUUAUGAUCAACGGUUGGGAGCCGCUCAACUCGUUGUGGGCUCGAGAGAUCCCAAAGUGGUUGUGGACGAUGAAGAAGCAUCGCGAGAGCGGAGCUGGGAUUUACUCGCAGGAAUUCAUGCGCAAAGAUUACGACGCGGGUCGGCGGAUGUACUUUACGGGCGCCACCGCGGUGGGGAUGUGCGACAUGGUCGACGCCCCGUGCGCCUACCUCACCGUGCUUCGAGAGCCGAUUGAUAGAAUGUGGAGCGAGUACACGUACUUGUGCCUGGAAGGAAACGAAGGUCAUCGAGACUGGACCGCGGAGGAGAUUGCGAACGAAGCGGCGGGACUCGGGUGUCCGCUUGAUCCCUUGGAAUGGUACACACAAAAGCGAAGCGCCGCUGCACAGUUGACCGGUUUACUCGCGCCGCGCGGCGGGCACACCAAGUGCGGCGCCGAAGCCGCCAAGGCAAACUUGGCCUCCGGGUGCGUGCGCUACAUUUUCCAGGAUGAUUUAGAGCGAGGGAUGGCGCGCGUCCGGGGCAGGCUUCCAGAUUUGAAGCACCUUGGCGAUAACGGUGGGAACACCUGGAACGAGGUGGGAUGGAUCGUCUCUGGUCGAAACGGGAGUAAGGAAAAGCUCACGCCCGCGCUCGCCAAGCGCCUCGAAGCGUACAAGGCAAACGCCACCAUCGUCGCCGGCUUACGCGAGCUCGUCCGACACGACCUCGAGGUGUACCAAUUCGCCAAGAAGAAUUACGACGCGCACUGGAACACCCCGCUCACCACGUGCUGA